UCAGAACCAGAGAUUAUAAAAAUCAACGCUUCAUUUGCAAAAUGCACACCUGACUCGCAAAAGAUGUAGUUCUUUUGGGUUUAUCCCUUUAGCUGCAUCAAUUAUUACAUGGAUGACUUUAAUUUGGGAACAAACAAAUAAUGACCUCAACACCCCUCAAGCCCCCACAGUUCUUCCAGUUGUUGCUAUGCUUUCGAGUUGCACAUUUCUUAUUGUCUCAUCACUACGUGUUGAAUGAUAAAUUAUAUUUAACAACUUAGGCACACAUUGAACACGCUAACAUUUUUCUCAGUAAAUAUACUUUUAAUUGGAGCUAUUGAUUGGAUAGAGAAGCUUUUUCUACCUGAUGACUGCUUCAUUCUAGAUUUUGGGUACAUUAAUGUUUUUUUGUCUUCAUUGUGCAGACAAUGAUUAUAGGAAAACCUUUUGAGCUAAUUCAGCUCUUUCUCAAACUAUCUGCAAGUGAACCUGAGAUGAAUAAGGUAAAACAUGCUGAAACAGAUAAUUGGGACUUGAGUUUAGUUGGGAACCUGAUACCUACCUUUUCAGAACCCUGAGACGGUAACUAGUUACAAAAGCACUCUUAUAUAGAUUUAGAGACUGCUUGGGUGUGUGUAAUAUCUACAUGAGAGUAGGACUUACAUGCUGCUAACAAGGUUAAGCAGAAAUACAUAAAUCCUCUCUUUCUCUCAAACUUGAAUUGUCACAUUCUGUUACUUCCCUUUUUAAUUAAGACUUGAACUUACAAUGUAAACUAUCAUUGACUGUACAAAUACCUCAUCUGUGACGUCUGACAUGAUGUCGGGGCUAUAUUCAGUCUUCUGUAAAUGAGGCAGUUAAACGCGGGUGCUGUGAUUUUCUUCACAUUCCGUUGACACUUCAUGCCUGCGAUUUCUUCCUCCACAACACAUUUACGCUCAUCACUACCUCGCUCACUCCUUUUCUCCUCCUCUCAUCUUUUUUUUUGCCCCUGUCUGUAAUUGGAUUCUAUUUUCAGGCCGCCAUGAGUUUCUGUGUGUCUCCUGUGUUUGUGUCUCGCACCCUGUUUCUUCCCAUCUCUCCUCCAUCGUCACCCUCUGCGCCCAUCGUUCUCCACUGGUCUGUCACCAUCUCCUCUGCCCUGCCCGCUCUCCAUCGUUUACCUGUUUCUUACUAACUGGUUUACUUUUGCAAGGCAUCCAUUGAACUUUUUUUCAUCCUUUUAUGUGUAGCUGUUAAGUACGGUGAAUAUCACAAGAAAAGCUGCAUGUAAAUUGUGCUGGAUGAGGUAAUGCAAACUGCACGAACUGAUGGGAAUAGCUCUCUCAUGACCUAGUUCUGGUAGUCUGGGUUACACAGCGAUCCAAGAGAGGAAGUUAUAUUUAGUUAGGAGAACAAACUAGAAAAAGAGAGGAUGAGAAGUACUGUAGAGUCUGCAAAACACAAGAGUGAUGUAUAUGUAGGCAGACAAAGAAAUUCUAAUUGCAUUGUGGGCUAGUGGUUUGAGUCAUUUUAGGCAAGGCAAUUAAUCAGUUAAACAGUAUUUAAGAAGGGGAGGAGUGGAAAUUAGGAGACUGGCAGAGGGAGGGAGUCUUGCUGUAGAAGUUGGUUGGCUGUCAGGAUCUCUCUAGAGGUCCUGCAUGUGUUUAAAAGACCAAAAAUACUUAGAGAGAAAUGAGGAGAGGCUGUCAGAGGUGGAAAUGUUGACAGGCGAGUAGAAGAAAUGGGGAAUUCUCGUCGAUCCACAAAACUCUCAACGGCGAGGCCCGGAAGCAGUAAAACCUCGACGCGCACCCCGCGAUGCGGCCGUGCCGCUCAGAGCCGCAACACGCCUGUACGGACGGUCAACAUCCGACCGCUGCCGCUGCGAAGCUCACCUCCAUUCAAACAGCAUGCUCAAGCCACACAUCCACGCAAGGCGCACUCGCGUCCGACGCAGACUCACUGCUCGACUCAGCACCACGAGCAGCACAUGUCGCAUGCCGAUCAUCACUCAGGCUGCACCUUUUACUGCUAUUUUUGCUACUGCUUUUACAGCUGCUGCCUCAUGUUGCUCUCUUUUUCUCUCCUCCUCCUCCUUUCUCCGCCUCCCAAUGCUCCCUUCUCUGAUCCCUCCUCCACUUUGACCUCAAAUACCACCACACCUCCUCCCUCCUCUCCAAUCACACAACUUUCAACUUCCUGUUUGGAUGAACUUUCCUGCUUCUGCCCGGAUGCCAACCUGACUUUGUCUCCAAUUCCUCCCCAAUGCCCUCGAUCUCUUUGUCUAAUCUCGGAUGAUUCCUCACCUCUCCUCAUCACCUCCUGCCCUGACCCAACCAUCUCCGCCUGUCGUGGUUGCUCAUACUCCUCUACAACAUCGGACUCCCUCCCACGACCUCACAAACCAAUUCUCUGCCGGCCCUGGCCGUCAACCCGCUCUCUUUCCUCGCUACUCCUCUGCCCUCCCAGCUUUGGCGAUCCAGUCUUAUCCUAUGCCUCCACCCUGGAGCACAUUCCGUCCCGGCCUCGGACGCUGCUGCGGCAGCAGAGUCUACAGCAGCCCCUCAUCCACCCACCGGGCCCGGGUCUCAGCCACCCGCCUACCACAUCCCAAAGCUUGGGACAGUUGCACACAGGACCUGGACAGCCUGGGGGAGGUGGUGGGGCAGGGAGAGGAGAUGGCGGCAGUAACAGUGGUGAGGGUGGGGGUGCAGGUACACGAGGCAGUGGCCGGGGUGCUCGGGGCAGCUCAGCGGGAGCAGCCUCCUCACGUUAUAGGGGAGGCGGAGCAGGAGGGCGCUCUCGUGGCAAUCCUGGCAGCUGGGAUUACAUGAUGGACCAGAUGAAGAACCGGGGCCUGGAUGUCAAGUCCUUCCUUGAAGGAAAGCUGGUGGUCCUGGCUUUGGCCAUUGGUGUGGCAGAGCAAGAUGACUUUGCCAAUAUCCCUGACCUGCAGGAAACAGCGCAGGCAGCACCACCAGCCAAUCAGGAGCCCCCUCCUGAGAAGAGGGGCAACAAGCCAGCAAACAGCCCCAAGGGUCACCCUCCUGAUGCUGACGGGCACUCUUCUGUAACUGACCUGGCGAACUCACUCACUGGAGACAUGGUGAUGUUGUCACCAGGUUCAGAGGAUGAUGACGGUGAAGGGCCCGUCAGUGAAAAACUUGGUCGUAUCCAGUUCAGCAUAGGCUACAGCUUCCAGAACACAACCCUUACCGUCAAAGUUCUCAAGGGCCAGGACCUGCCAGCCAAGGAUUUCUCCGGCACCUCGGAUCCUUUUGUCAAAAUCUACCUGCUGCCUGACAAGAAGCACAAGUUGGAAACCAAGGUCAAGAGGAAGAACCUCAACCCCCACUGGAAUGAAACCUUCCUCUUUGAGGGCUUCCCUUACGAGAAGGUGAGAGAACGCACUCUCUACCUCCAGGUGUUGGACUACGACCGCUUCAGCAGGAACGACCCCAUCGGAGAGGUGUCAAUCCCCCUGAACAAGGUGGAACUGGGCCAGCUGAAGACCUUCUGGAAGGAGCUUAAGCCCUGCAGUGAUGGCAGUGGGAGACGAGGCGACCUGCUGGUGUCUCUCUGCUAUAAUCCCACUGCCAACACCAUCACUGUGAACAUCAUCAAAGCACGCCACCUUAAAGCCAUGGAUAUCGGGGGCACCUCGGACCCUUACGUAAAGGUGUGGCUCAUGCACAAGGACAAGCGUGUUGAGAAGAAGAAGACGCCGGUGAUAAAGCGCUGUCUGAAUCCAGUUUUCAACGAGUCCUUCCCCUUUGAUGUCCCUGCCCAUGUGCUGAGGGAGACUACCAUCAUCAUCACCGUCAUGGACAAGGACAGGCUUAGCCGUAACGAUGUUAUUGGCAAGAUCUACCUAUCGUGGAAGAGCGGGCCAGCAGAAGUAAAGCAUUGGAAGGACAUGCUCGCUCGGCCGCGUACUAACGUCGCCCAGUGGCACGCUCUUAAGGCCUGAUCGCACCACCCAGCUUCCUCCAUGGCCACUUCCCGUCUCCUACUUCCCACCCCUCUUUUCUCUCCCCUACUCCCGCUCCCGUCCUUAUGCACAAGACUGACUUGCUGCCAGGCUGCGAAACACGGGUACAAUUAGCCAUCUGCUCUCUUAAACCUUUAAACUCUUCUCUAUUUUCUUUUAGAAUCUCAAUUUCCUCUUCCACUUCUCUCUGAAUUUCUCUCCCCUUGAGCUGUUGUAUGUUUUUUCUGUGUCGCCACUUUGCCAAUAGUCCCCCUGUUUCUGACUGUCUGUAUGUCUGUCUUUCUGUCCUUAUGCAAUCGGCCCAUGGAGGUCUAAUGAUCUGUUUAUUUGUCGCUGCAGUCCCUGACCAGUUAAACAAGUUGGUAUCUUAGAGAAUCAUAAUAAUUUGAACUCAUUUAAUAUUGUCGUAUAAAUAGUACAGUUAUACAAUAUAAUACAUAAGGCACUGUAUGAACAUACAAGUGGAUGUCAAUAAAUUACAACACCAUUGUAUUGUUAAUUUAGUGAUUCAGCUCAAAAAGUGAAACUCACUGCAUACCAAGUCAGUAAACUAGAGUAUUAUAUAUUUCCAGUCGUUAUGUCUGUUAAUUUCGAUGACUGUGAUGUACAGCUAAUAUGAACCCCAAAUUCAGUUUCUCGUAGAAGUAGGUUAUUACAUAAGACCAAUGAAAAAAAGUAAUACAGCAUUGUGGUGCUACAACAUGUACUGUAUGUACUCAACAAUUGACCGGGGCCACCAGCCUGUGGCUCUGCAGAUGUAUGCGCCAGCCUUCAGUUCAUCCUCAUUGUUGCUCUGAAGCCUCGACAAUGUUUGAACUUCAGACCAGGAGAGUUUGCACUUUUGCCAUAUUCUGCUGGAAAAAUAAAAUCUGCACUUCUAUAAACCUCGUCAGCAGAGUGAAACAUGGAGUGCUCUAAAACCUUUUUGGUAAGCCUCUCUCCUGAUGUUGGACUUUAUAAAAUACUUUAGAACAACCUCAACCAGCUUGAAAUCUGUGCCUCUUCCCUUUAUCUCCAGUCUCUGGGACCUUGAUUUACCAAUGAAAAAUAAAAUCUGCUUUUCUAAUGAAGAGAGGACUUUGGACAUGUCGUUUUUAAGAAGUAUUUGUCAGUGUCUUGCAUUCAGCAGUGUCUUAACACAGGGAAGGUAACAGUUGCAGAUUAUAUUCUGGAAAUGACUGUGUGCAGUGACUCUUAAGACUCUGACUCCAGCCACAGUCAAUCCAUUGUGAUUCUCACCAAAAAUCAUAAAUGAGCUAGAAUCCUCUCAAGGCUUCAGUUAUCCCUGUUGUCUGUGCCAGAUUUUCUGCCACCCUUUUUCCCUUCCACUCAACUUUUCAAUUAGCAGCACACUCUUGUGGUUUGCCACCUUUGUACAGAAUGUCAGUCUCUGUCUGCUGCUAUAUUCAAUUUAUUUGAGAAACAGAAAUUUGGGUUUUCAUUAGUUGUAAUCGGUAAUGAUCAAAAUAAAGAGACAUAAAUGCUCCAAAUAUAUAAUCUUUGUAGUGAAUCUCUAUUAAUUAUUAAUUUUAUUAAUUAAUGACUUUUCUGUGACGUUAGGAUGCACCUGUACCCAUCUUAUGAAGAUGUAAUUUAGCUAUGUAGACUGGCAGGGUUUCACCUAUGAACACUAGUUAACUAUAUCUUAGCCAUAUUCUGUCACCUGUUUCCAUGUUUCAUUAGUCUUUUCAUUGACCCUACUGUUCUUGUUAUUUGUCUCAAGUAUAUUACAUUUUUCUCUCAUAGCAAACCUUUUCUCCUUUACUCAAGAAUGGUUUAAUGUUCAGCGGAAGUCUUUGAAAGUGAUCGAUAAUAGGUUUGUAAUGAAACAAGCUGAACUCAGGAUGGAUUUGUUCACACUGUUGUCUCUUCUCUUCCUUCUAUUCUCCUCUCUGUACUCUUUUUUUCCUCUUCUCUUCCUUCUGGCACAAUAUUAGUGACUUACUUUGCCCCACCACUCCUCUCACAACAACCCUCUUUCUGGAGCCUUCCUUGUCGUCUGUGUGCUGUGGGUGCUGUGCUGUAGCUCCAACAAAAAUAGAGAUUAAAAAAAGCAACUAAACUUUCCAAAGCUGGGAAAAGAGGGGACACAAACUUGUGACAUGGAUUCGUCUCGAUUUUUCCAGAAAGAAAAAAAAAAAGACAUGGAGAGAGAAAAAAGAAGAUGAAAUCCUAGGAUGUCACUUUUCAUGCACCGCCAACCGAGGAAACUAAUUGAAAUCUUCCAAUGUUCACAGAAAAAUCAAGGCUGAAAGCAAAGUCUGUGCACAUGGAUUCAGCUGUGUGCACACACUUCUCUUCGCCCUGUGCUCUUCUGUCAUGCUGGUGGGUAUCCACCUCCAGCAGGUUGGACUGUACAGUUAGACUGCUGUGUUAAUGUAUGCCUUCUGCCAGUUGAGUGUGCAUUUACAGGAGCAACACACUGAACUUUACAGAAAUCUUCUUCUCUUUUCUCUUUCUUCUCUCGCGCUCUUCUUGCUCUUCUUACUGCCAUUGUUUCCCCAUCCUCUACUGCCCUGCCUUCUGAACGAGGGCACGGGGAAGUUCAUUUUGCACUUUUUUGAAAAUGUAAUAAAAAUAAUAAUGAUGAUUAUAGUUUUUGAUGAUGAUGAUGAUGGUGAUGAUUAUAGCUGUGGUGAAAAUCAAGGGAGGAGAAUCUGGAAGGGUUGGCUGCAGUUGGCUGCAGUCGGGGGGGGAGAAGUGACGUCUGCUUGGUGUUUUCAGGGUUUGGAGUUGAAGCGAAGGACACAGAGGAUGCAGGGCUCUCAUCCUCCUCUUCUUGGUCUUUUUUGUGUUUUUUUUUUUUUUUUCUAAAUCUCAGAGUACUUGUGUGUGCUUGUGUGUGUAUUUGGAAGGAAACUGCAGGACUCCUGGUGGGAGUCCACUGAUGUUUGAAAUGUCAGGCUGGGAUGGAGAUUCAAGGCACGUUUGCUUGUCUCAUGGAGACUGGCCAGCACAACAGUGCUAUUACACAAUGUGUCGAUUAACAUCAAGCUUGUCAGAGCUCAAAGCCACAGCCUGCACAUUGUUAUUCUGAAUGAGUCCAAGAAAGAAAAUAAUAAUGAUGAUUAUAGUCCAAGAAAGUUCAAGAAAGAACAGUUUAUAUAUAUAUAUAUAUAUAUAUAUAUAUAUAUAUAUAUAUAUAUAUAUAUAUAUAUAUAUAUAUAUACUCUGACAGGAAAAGGUAGUUCUUAACCAUGUUCUGAAUUUUAGUUGCACUUCAUCAGAAUUAUAAAUGACGGACAGCGUGUGCGAUAUUAGAUGAUUGACUUGUCUGCCUCUAUAAGAUACUGCAGGAGUGGAUUAGAUGUUAUCUAAUGCAGUAAUAGUUGUCCAGUUUGUCAGAAACAUUCAGCUUAGCUUCAUACCUGUGGAAAUAAAGCAGCAACAAUAAAACUUAAUUAGAUGCUCAGUAAUUAGAUGCUCAUAGAUACCUCUGCUCUUUCCUAGUUUGCCGUUUAUCCCAGUUGUUUGCAGUUCACCUUCAAUGCACUCUUGUAAAGUUUUACGCUUAAUUCUGUCGCAGGGUUUCCCUAAAGCAGUCCCCAAUCUUUCUACACCUUGGCACUUUAUUCAGGAAGUAGCUAAAAUAUUUAGCUGAAUUAUCAGUACUGUGCUUUUCAAUUAAUUAAAAUGUAAUGACAAAUGUACUCAAAUACAUCUAUUUAAACAUAUUUAAAUUUCCAGUGUAAUAUAAUAGCUUUUUAAACCAAAAGUAUGUACAAGAAAUGACUUGUGUUGAGUUAUAUAAAGCUCAUUAAAUAAGAAGACUCAUAUCACUGUAUAUUACUGUAUAAUACCUAUGCAUGUCAAAGUGUCAAAUACUGAAGUACACCAAUGUUUCAUUGGGGUAAAAUGUAAGAAUACGUUAUGUUUCAAAGUUUUGUUCUUAAGGUUGUAAGUAAGUAAAUUCAGCUUUAUUUAUUUAUCAUAUUUUCACACAGAUGUCACAAAGUGUAUCAUAAAAAGGGUGACUUUAAUAAACCACACAGAAGUGUACAAUACAGAAGCCAAAACAGUCCAAUCAUCUUGUGACAAUCUAUUAUAAAUAAAAGAAAAACUUAUUUUUUUCUAUGUUCUUAAGGACAAAAAAAAUAAAAUGCUUUAAACUUUACAUCAUAAUAGUUAUGGAGAAGGUAGAAUAUUUUGAAAGUUUUAAUUCUGCUGUGAUGAUUAACAAUCAGUAACAGCAAUACCAAAUAAAAUAUAAAGGAACAUUUCAAAUUAAAAACUAUAGCGGUUAUUUGACUGUUAAAAAAUGGUAAAUCAGAAAAUAUACAUUUUUCACUUCUGAUUUGCAAGCACAGCUGUUACCCCUUUUGUUUCCAUGUUUACAGGCUAUGAGAGAAUUUCCAUUAACCUUUCUCCAAAUCAACACAGAAAACUAGGAAACCCUACGCCAUUAAAUGUAGGCUUAAUUGCUAGUAGUAAGCAAAUCCAAAACUUAUUCUAUAUAAAUACUAUUUUUUGAGUAUUUAAUACUAUUUAUUGUUACAAUAUUGUAUGUAACAAUAUUGAAAGAUGAUGCUAUUGCUUUAAUAUUGUAAAACCAUCUUUCCUGGAAGUCGUCUAUCUGCAUAUAUGGAUGAGUUAUUAUAUAUCUCAUAAACUUUUAAAUAUACCCACAUUAGAACAGUAAUUUGAGUAUGAACAACUAUUAAAGCUGAUGCAAUUUUUAUGGAGUUACUGUUCUAAUUUCCUGUAUCUGCUGACUGUGCUGCCAUGCUAAUGAUAGUUUACACUUGAGAAAGGACAAAUAGUGAGGGAGUUGGUUCGACUGUGUAUUUUUUUAAAAUUUUUUUCCAUUACUUUAAAAAUUAAAAACAAAUUUGGUCUUUAUUCUUAAACUAGGAAUAUGUAAUGCAAUAAAAUUGUGUUUUUGCUGUUUGAGAAUAUUGAUAAAGUUUCAUCUUCCCUUAGAGACUAGGAGAUCAAACAGCAGCUAUAACGAGAGAAGAAUUUACUGCAUGUCUUGAUGCCCAAACAGUAGGAGGAUUCCCUAUCUGUGUUUACUUCAUUAACAAUGGCUUCUCACCACCUUGUGUUCAGUUUCCAAGGUAACCAAGUGCUUGAUUGCUUAAUGGUUUAUGGCAGUCCUCUUGAAUUAUGUUUACUAUUCAAGAUGUAAUGCAGAUAUCGGCCACAGCAAUAGAAUAUAGUUGUUUUUCCCUGCUGCACAUCUUCUUUGUUGCCUAUGGGGAAGGAUGUUAGUUAGUAGCAUUAAUACUGCAUCCAAAUGUACAGGAAACUUGUGUUUUUCUUUUUGACUGUGUCUAUAGUGAUGUUUCUAGAUUAGUUGGCUUUGGAGAUGAGCAACUGGAUGAAAGAUAUUUAGAUGAGAUGAUAAACAAAAGCACUCAUCUUUGUGGGUGUAAAUGUUCAAGAAGCUGUAGCCCCACAUUUCUUGGGCUAACAGUUACGCACCAGUCUAACUAGUUGUUAGCUUAAUUCCUUCUCAAAUCUCUUCUUGAUUCUCUACUCUGAGAUUCUUCUGACUUUUAACCGCUGAUGCUGACCUGAAUCACUUAAUUUGAAACCCACUGUGUAAAGACUGCCUAAUAAGCGAGUCCAUACAUAGCACAGCUUCUGCUAACACUGCCUUUUUAUCUCUUUUGAUUCACGCUAAAGAUGGUGUCAGCAUACAACUGUGCAGUUGUAAACUGGCCAGCGCUGUAUAACUCCUCCUCAUGAGUGUCGGUAAGCUUUUCUGGACAGCAUGCGGUGUGCCGAGUAUGUUCUGGGCACUGUCUUUCAUGUGGGUCUCAGUGCUGGCUGCUGUGAUGCACUGAUCCAGUCCAGUGCCCUUCAAAACAAUUGGCCAUCCAUGGAACAGGGCUCACUGUUUUGACAGCCAGUGCCUGCAGUGUCACAGCACAUUACACUCCCAUUAGGUGGUCAGAAAGGAGCAAUAUCUGCUUCCUUGGACCUGGGGGGGGGGGGCUCACUACUUUGCAAAAAUAACUCUGGCUAAGAAAAAAGAGACAUGGAGCGGUUUUAUUACUAACAUGCAUGCAAGUAAAAGUCUUGUCACCCAUCCGUUAGCUUGGUCAGCUUUAUCUUUGCUAAUAUUGGAGCUUUUCCCAGCUAGAAUUAGGCAAGGGAGUGAGUACACCCUGAGCAGGUGCCAAGACCAUCACAAGGCUAACACAAGGACAGCCAAUGCCUAACAAUGGAUGUUUGUGGACAUCAUACAGAAAGGCCCCCAGGUGACCAGCAGUCCCUUUUUCCAGUUAUCUGUCAGUUCAAACCGCUGCUCCACCUGGCUUGUCAGGUAAAGACAGAAACUGAUCAGUGUAGUCACUCCUGAAGGUGUGAAAACACUUUCUGGACUUAUUAAGUCAACAGUUUAUCAGCUAUUUCCCUUUAACUGAGUUACAUAUUGUUCAGAAGCCUGAGCUACCAGGCUUUAUAAAUUAGUCCUCAGUCACCCUGUGAGCUUGGAGAUACGCUGUUAUUUUUAUAACAUGAGGCAGAUUGUGAAGUCACUCAUCCUUGAAAAUAGACGACUGAGAAGACUUUUGGACUUUUAGAAGUCUAAGCUCUGCUUUUUAAUCCAGAUGACCUCCUGAAUAAAAAAAAAAUAUAUUGGUCAGUGUUGGCAGGUUGCAUGAAUAACUUAUCUGGAAAUUUCAUAACUUUUCUUUUGACCACAAACUAAUUCUUCACAUUUAUGAUUAAUGGUAUCAUUAUAGCAUAUAAAGAAACUGUUGCUUAUUUUUUUAGGAAGCGUAGCAGUGAUCUCAGACCUGGAUAAGUAUAAGGAUUACUUGUACAAAACGAGACACAGCUAAGUUUCCUUUAGUGGUUAAAAUAGAAGAAGCAUUGAUGCUCUCAGUUGUGACUACUCUAAAAUGUUUGACUCUGGAAAAUUGUGGGGGAAAAUGCUGUGUGUUUGCUAUAAUGCCUGUUCCCUGACGAUAGAUUUCGUUUGACAACAGAGUGUAAAUCCUUCAGAAAGCUUCUAUCUGUAAAAUAAUAAGGGUACCCUAAUUUAUCUUUGUUUUCUGUUACCAGCUCAACAACCAAAACACUAAAAUGGAUGGAAAGUUUAAAUCUAAACAUAUGGAGACAUUAGCUCCCAAAUACCACUUUUUAAUUGCACUGCCACCUCUCUCACACGUCUAAAUGUGUUGCGCCUUCUUGGCACCAACAAUGUCAGGAGUGACCUUCAGCAAGCCAGGGCUCAUGAAUAUACCUAGAGAGGAUUACAGAUGUUCCCAGUCAAGACUUUCGCCCCCCCCAGACACAGGGUCCAAUUGGUGUGUUUGUUCAGCCUCAGUGCUGUCUCUCAUCAUUAUAUUCAAUUCCUGGCAGAACCAAUGAACAGGUGCUGGUGUGGGCCUGAGUAAAAAACGUUUCAUUCUGCCCACAACUUUACUGCACAUUACUGUAAGUUUAUGUCCUUUUUCUGCAAUAAAUAUACUUUUUGUAUCUAGAACCAUUCCCAGACCUGUAUUGUCACCUGUAAUCAUGAUGUGGAAAAGCUUUCAAAUAGAUUAAUCUUUUACUUCUCUGGUUGACAAAUAUUGAAAAAUCUAACAUUUAAUUUUAGAACAUUUGCUAAGUGUAAAAAACAAGCUCUCUUUUUAAAAUCUAAUUGUUUUAUGUUCUCUCUUUUAAACUACAUAAUCUCUCUAGAUUUGGUUCACUGCUUCGGCUCGGGGACUGGAAUGACGAUGGUAGAAAUGCUUAUUGUGUUUUAAACCAUUAUUCUAUCAUAAGCCCAAAUUAGAACCCAUUUUUAGAUUUCUGGCAGAACCCACCAAACUUAACUUUUAAAUGUUCUGGUAUUUCAAGCAGUUCCAAGUUGGUUUUUGAAGACAAACAGGCCCCCGCCAUCACAAAUCUGCCAUACUUAACAACGGGCCUGAGGCACACUACCUCACAUUCAUCUUUUGUUUCAUGGCAGGUCAACCUGGAGUGUUUGUUGCAGAAAAAUCUUACUCUCUAUUUGAAAUUUGGCACAGACAAUCAUAGUUCCCCAAAGAUGAUCCUAACAGACAUAUUUAUGUCUUUCUUAAAAUGAAAUAAAUCCAUGUUAGCUGAGUUGAAUUUUAGUUAUUCUUUUAAGACUACACUUUGUGCACUAGAGUAUAAACCUUACCCCUAAAGUUUAAUAUCUUGACAUCUUAUUUUGUACAUUUCCAUGCAUUUUUAAAAAUUGAUUUACAUUUACUAAACUUACAUAGUUAGCUUAAACCUCUCACAACUGAAGAGGCCCUACCUGUUCCUUAUGUUCCCUUGAGAUUUAUGAUGGUGUUUGUCCUUGUCUCAUUCCUCCUUCCCUUAAUAUUCCAUCGUAGUUUUCCUUGAUGGAUUUCUUAAGUUAAGCAUCAGUGACUCACUCUAUUGGAAAGGUGCCUGCUCUGCUGUAGUCUUUGCUAAAUUAAAUUAGGGUUGUUCUUUCUCUUGGAGACCUUAAUGUCUGUGUGUGUGGAUUAAAGUGAGGCUGUGGUAAUCCCAUCCUGGAGGAACAUCUUCGCUGCCUGUGCUUUAUUCUGCUGAAUCAUGUUGUGACGCCUGAGUAAGUUCAGGAGUCACCUGGCUCACCUUCGCUGUUUGUCUGCGUUCGUCCUGCCCUGCACCGACAGACCUCUCCUCUCCCUCCGACUCACCCUUUCAAUUGUUUUAAGCAUCUGGUGAAAACCAGUGUGACUCCUUCCAUUCAGGGUUGUAUGAAUAGUAACUACACGAAUAUGAAAAACAAUAAUGAGUAAUAAUUUCCUUUCUGUUCACAUUUGACUGUUGGUUAGUGUGUACGUAUGUGUGUGCUUGGUGUUCUUGUGUUUUUAUUUCUUUACAGAGCAUUGUGAAGAAUAAUUAUUUUUUUUGUUUUGUUUUUUAAAAAACUUUAUGUAAAUAUUGUUGGUGAAAAUUAACAUUUAUUGUACUCCGAGUUUUCGUUUGUCACUCAAGGAGAUGAAGAAAACAACGAUACACAUGAAUAACAAUGGUGAUGUUGAUGAUGAUGAUGAAGCUGAUUAUACCUGCCCUUCUUGAAUAAGGGCUUUUGAUGUCUGCUGUAUUCUUGUUGGGGGCGUCGUGAGGUCAAGGCAAGACAAGCGACGGGGAAGGAGUGGUACCCGACACAUCCCAGGUUCUUUGUAGCAACACUGCCACAAGUCCCCGAAUACACCCAGGUAACUCAAAGCGACACAAAUUGUAGCCAUGAAGCAUCAUUGCAUUCUUACAACAUGUUUUGCGGUGUGUGAGAACAACACACACCUCCUUGUUGAGUCACUCCGACCCAGUCGCUUGGCAUCACAUCCCCCCCCCCAUCAGCUUACAGGCUCUGGGAUUUACUGAAAUGCCAUUGUGUUAGAUGGGAUUGACCCUGUCUGACACCCAUGAUGCCUUGCUCAUUGAAUUUGGAGUCAUUAUUGAUGUGUAGGGAGCCAUACAUAAGGAUGGGAAUGGCUUCCAUCAUCCUACAGCAACAAGGGUAAUUUGCAUGCAUGUUUUAGUUCCCGAGUGGGCCGAUGUGAACUUGCCAAAUAACUGGCUUGUUGGUUGCUUGCUUAUUUGCAAGAGCUCUCAAACGCCAGCAAGGACAGUCCAGGAUUAGAGAGACAGCCGAACUAUAAACUGCCAUAUUGUGAUGUAAAAAAACUCAAAAAACAAAGCUUGCACCAUUUCUCCUCUUUAAAACCGAUUUUAGCUGUGCCAUAUCACAACAUAUUCCUUUGUUUUGUCCAGGACUCUUCUGUAACAUGCUGUUAGAUGUUAAAUCAUGUAUUAGUUGUAACUUUAGAGAAUGCUGAAGGAGCUUUUCUGUGCCGAUUGAUCAUUAAGUAGUUAGGAGAUAAGGUGAUGUCACACUGUGUGUGAGAGAGAGGAGUUGGUGUUGCAUAGAUCUGCAAUUUAACAAGAUUUUGGAAAUGUGUCAAAACAUCUUAAAAUAUCUUUGCACUUUGAGCUCAGCACAAUUAAUAAGAUUAGCUCAUUUAGCUUUGCAAACUAUGAACAGUUAUCAUGUGUGCUCCCUGAAGACUGAGCAAAAACUGUGAAGACUACCAAUCCAGCUUGUUCCCCAACAGACAGAAUUGAAUUAAAACAGAGCUAUUUUUCUGCAAUGCAUUCAGCCUUGCUUUUAAAAUGUUGGUGCCUCUUGAGACUUCAUUUUUAAAUGCCUCAUCCGUGCUGAAAAUAGCUAACUUUGCUCAGUAACAACUUCCAAACCAAAGAGAGUUUUUGUCAGUGUGACAUGUUGGCGCCUGUGUUUUCUGAGCCUAAAAAAGAUUGGAUUUUUAAGUCAAUCAGUCACCGUUAAGAGCUGGGUAAGUGUAAAAUUUGAAUUCUGGUGGUUUGAUGAUUUCUCGGUGCGUCGCUGCAAUUUAUCCUCUUUGAAAUAAAUGAGGAAUUAAAAUGCACUUUUAUUUAUGUUCAAAGCAUGCUAUGGCUUUGUAAAACAUUGGUUAAAACAAAAUUGUGGUCAACUACCAUAAAUCCUACUUUGUCUGGUUUUUUAUAUGCUGCGCCCUCAUGUUUCAGGCCCAGCAUCCACACAGUGCAGCGGUGGAGCUUAUCAGUUUCAGGUUUCUUUGAGGAGCGUCUCUGACCUGACAUGGUUUAGCAGAUACUGCCGGCAGCUGUCUCCAGGAAAGACAGUGGAUACAGUCCUACCUUCAUCUGUAAUACCAUCCCUCUGAGGGAGUCCCACAAGGACGCUGAAGCUCCACACGCUAACCAAAAAUAAAGCCCAGCUACUUUCCCCUCCAAACUCGAUCUGUUGCUGAUUGUGAAUGAGAUGCAGGCCGAGCGGCGUCUAAAUCCUGCCAUUUAUACAGAGAUUUUUAAAUCAGGGAGGUAAUAAGCAAUACUCUUAACUGACCUACUGAAUCUAAACUGAGAGGGGUUUUAUUUUUGCAUUGAGGGAUGUCAAGGGUAACACUCCUGCUUUUUGGUUGGGUUUUUAACUCCUUUCUCCACUUGCCUUGGCCCACCUCUUCAACAAAGAGUGCUCUAACUUUAAACACACAAUUGUGAUGUGUACAAUCUGAUUCCAUGUAUUUAUUUAUGUAUUUUUUUUGCCAACUUUGUAUAGUGUACAAAUAUCUAUAAAUAUACAAACCAUGACAGUACUGUAUAGAUUUUAGCUGCCUGGUAAGGUUAAUAGUAUAUACUUGGUAGACUAAAAGAAAAAGCGUAGAGCUGUUCAAAAGCCAGUUACUGAGAAAAAAAAAAAUUGCUUUCUGUAAGACCCGAUGCCACUGGCUUUUUUUUAUAUUCUAAGUUUCUGCUUUCUUUUUUUAUUGUAGCCAGUGGGAUUUUAUUUGUCCAUUUGUUUUGCUUUUGUCUUUGUUUUGUUUUUUUGAUUUUGUUUUUAUUGGGGCUUUUUUUUGGCAAGACACAGCAAGGUUCUGGCAGCCAGGAGAGUGCAGUGGAACGCAGACUGGAACCCUGUGCAGUUGUGCGUGUUUUUAGGUGUGCGUCCGUCCAUCGUAGUGCUUAGUGCUCUUUGUGCAGUGCCUCCCUCCUCCCUCUUUUUCUCUUACGCAGAUUGCUCGCUAAGAUGCAGGAUGACUGUGUUUGCUGAGGCUAGCUGAUGCCCUCCUCCUUUCUCUUUUUUUCUCCUCACAUCCGCUCUGUUUCUUCAUUACACCGCUUAGUUUUAAUCCUCCACUAAGUAUAGAUUUCCACUUCCUCUGCUCGAUUGUUCAUUUACUAUCCCAUUCAGAUGAUAAUGCGCACACCACCAGAGUCUAAUUUCCUGGUAAUCCAUUCCAUCCCCCAUCAUCUAUCCUGGAUUCUUUGUCCAUUAGAGUCUCCCAUUUGUCACCCUCCACGUUACUUUUUCUAUAGAGCUCUGUGGACCAGAGAAUAAACAAAAAAAAGAGGAGAUCCAUGUUUCUCAUCCCAAGUCAAGCCUCAUCACUACAAACUCAGAGGAGAUAGAACGGCAUCAGCUCAGCAUGCAGCAACACAAAGCAGCCAUAUUGAAAUCAAGCACAGAUGUGAGAGUUUAUGUUGUGGCGGCUUAACUGCUGCCUGUUUGUAGCAAGAGCGAGAGGAAAAAAAACGCCUUAAAGAUCGGACCAACCACACAUAUUAAAGAUACCGGGAUGUGUACAUUUGUGGAAACCCUCCCUUUUCCUGCACCACUUUUAUUACUUGGUAUUCCAGUGUGCUGCUUGGUUGCUCUGUACAUAUCUGUGUAGUACUUCUGUUGAUGUCCCUGUACUGGUAUAGUAAAGGGUUCUUACUGGGUGGCCUCGGCUGACGCCCUCCCUCUCCUGUUCUCGUCUCAUUCUCCUUAAACGAAAACUUCAAACAUUCCCUUUGAACCUGAACCGAACAGCUACUAAAGAUGAUUGGAUCUCACUGGGAGCUAAAGAGAAAGGACCGAACUGCAGACGUCUCUCACUGGAGCCAUGAUAAUAACCGAGACGCCUUGGUCACGUCCUUCUGAGGGCCGCAGUACCUCCACAUAUCCGCACUCGACUCUCUGCUCCUUCCAGCCCACCUCCUCUCUGGUCGGCCCUGGUUUGGAACAGAAGGGUGAGACAGAGGGACAGGGUCGGGAGAGCCCUGGGAGGCUAGCGGAGAGCCGCGUCUCUGCGGUCGCGCCCAGCAAAGGGAGGGAGGGCGUCUCAGGGCGGAGCUCAGUAGCACUUUGGUUUUGCGUUCCAUGUUUAUUUUUUUCAGCCUCUCCUGUUUUUUGGGCCGAGCAGACUGUGAUCUUAUGGGGGUGGGGGGGUUUGUUGUUUUUCUGUUCUUGCUCUCCUCCACUCAUCAGUGUUACACAGUGUGCUGGGUGGAAGGAGCCUUGGAGCUGAGCUCUGAUGUUGUUCCAUAUUAAAGAAUCAUUUUUGCUACA